UCAUUUUGCGUAAACGCUGCGGUAUUUAACGCUCGCUCGAGAAAAGCAAAUUCAAAGCAGCUGUCAGGAUAGGACUUUCAGGAGGGGGUGGAUGCUGUAAAAGGUAUAAGAAAAACCUUUGUAAAUAAGCUGAUAUCUUCAGUAUCAGUGGCCCGAGUAGUUCAGUUAUACUGCUUUGGCCAUACAGUUAACUUCAGUUGUAAUAUUCUCGUACCGCACCUAUCCAGUUGUCUUCAAAUUCUGAUUCUAAUUUCUGUGGCCUCAUCGUGACAAUGUUCAUUUCCAUUACAAAGCUUGGCACUUCUCAUAGUGUUCACUGAGCUAACACACGUUGCGCGAAAUCUGGCACUUCGUGCCUAAAAAACACACGCUCUUCUUCCUUUGCGUCACCUGUUGAGAUAAACGUGGCGCGAAUCUGCGAAAUAAGCUCGUUGACUCUCUCCUGUCGGCUGCAGCAGGUGCGUUUGAACAAGGUUUUCAGAUCACUUUACCAAUCUAUUCCAAUUUCCUGACCGUGUGUAGACAGAUUCAAGCAACUCAAACACAGCAUUUUCAAGCCAUGCAGGUGAGUUAACAACAGUGGUCAAUAAAUUCUCAAGCAUUUUGUCGUUUUAACCACAUUGCUUCGGCACCGCUAGAAAGCAUCAUGAAGUGGCUAUGCGCUCUCGUUCUGUGUGCAGUGGCGUUCGCCAUGAGUCCCGAAGAGAAUCGCAAUAACCGAGAGCUGUUCGAGGGAGACAUGAGGCUAACCCCUGAACAACGCCGCGUCGUGUCCGGACUAAAAAGAGCUGCAACUAGAAAUACAAGGAAACUCUGGCCUAAGGGUGUAUUGUAUUACGUUAUUGACGGAACUCUAGCUGGACAGAGUCGAGCUAGGUCGGCCAUUAACCAAGCCAUUAACGAGUACAAGAGGUUAACUUGCAUCAGACUCCAAAGAAGAACAAACCAGAGAGACUACGUAAGCUUUAGAUCAGGCGGUGGGUGUGCAUCAUGGGUAGGAAAAAGAGGAGGUAAGCAAGAUAUCUGGCUUGCACCUGGAUGCUGGACCAAGGGGAUUGUUGUUCAUGAAAUUGGACACGCUUUGGGAUUCUACCACGAACAAUCACGUCCUGACAGGGACAAGUUCGUCACAAUUUUGUUUCAAAACAUCAUACCACGCUUCCAGAGCCAGUUCAGGAAGAUAAGUGGGAGAGCGAUUAAUACCUUUAAUUUUCCUUAUGAUUACGGGAGUGUGAUGCAUUACGGACCCACGUUUUUCUCCAAAAACGGCAAACCAACAAUCGUGCCAAAACGAGCAGGGGCUAGAAUUGGUCAGCGAAAUGGUCUCAGUCCAUCUGAUCGUAACCAGUUGACCCGUCUUUACCAAUCGUGCAGAGUUGGUUAAUAGCUUAUUUUCAAAGUCUGAGGUCAUUUGCAAGUGGAAAUAAGACAAAUAAUCUCAAAAGACAUAAAGUAAACUAAAUGGAAUGGAAAUAUAGCUUAAAAUAAAAUAGAAUAAAAGCAGUGGAAACGGUAAAUUUGCGUCCUUCAUGUAAUAGGACAAAUAAUCUUAGAAGACAUAACGUGACUAAAUGGAAUGGAAAUAUAACUUUAAAUAGAAUAGAAUUAAAGCAUUGGAA